GGCAGAAGUUGAUUGAGGAACCCAAGUGCAUUGAACCUGGCUUCCUUCCAGUAAUGCCAUAUCAUAAUUCAACAGACGUACAAAAUUCCCACCCGUCCGUCCCAUUCCCACGUGCGUGUGAGACGAAGUCGUACUGGAGCGUCGUCAGCAAGCCCCCCUAAACACGAGCAGCACCAAAACAUAGCCUCAAGGUUCGAGGCAGCCACAUGCACAGAUGAAUCGACCGAACCCGUUCGCCUCGAACAGCUUCUUCAAGCCGGCAGCUUCGCUCCUUGGAUCUGCCAACACCUUCAACAUAACGACACGUCGCAGGAGUCUGUCCUUGGAUGAUUCAGACACAGAAGCCCAACGACACACUCCAGAGCCUCGCUACUCACCCGUCAUCAUGAAGGAAGCGCCUGCCGGUCCCUCACCAGAAUUGCGACCUAGUCCUACCAUCCCUAUUGUCAGCAUAUCUCGGUCCCCAUCGCCAUUCGCAACAAGCAAAAGCACCGCCCAGUCAGAAGAUGAGGAGGAGUACGAGAUGUGCAAUGUCUCUCAGAGCAGGCCGUUGGUUGCAAAAGAUAACAUGGAAGGCGACCGGAGUAUCGCACAACGCAUCUUCCAGAAGGGUGGCAUUGGCCAAUUCUUGUUCGGCACUGCUGUAGGAUGGAGGGUAUACUUGGGUCUGUUGAUCUUCUGGGUCGGAGGCUGUCAGUUCGGCACUCUUCUCAUGAACAGGUUCAUCUUGUGGACCGGCACAUACAAAUUUCCCUACCCACUCACCCUGACGCUGUUGCAGCUUUGCAUCACACACUUGUUUCUGCUUGGUUUCGCAGCCUUGACGAGAGGACUUGCUGGUCCGCUGAGAAUCAUUGGACUGGGCGCCAUCGUUGCUCCUUCGCAAGCCUACAACAAGGGAAAUAGACCCACAAGAUAUACCGGAGGCUUGAGGACGAAAUCCGUCUUUACGAACGUUUCGAACUGGUUUGUCCAUGGUUCGGGAGGCAUCGCAGGAGGUGGCCUGUUCGAAUUCCAGCGCAACACUGCCAAGCAUGUCUUUCCCGUCGCCAUCGUCUUCCUUGCGAAAACUGUUCUGUCCAACAUCUCAUUCGCGUAUGCUGUCAUGCCAAUGUACAUGAUCUCCAGAAUCGCCGUCAUCCCUCUAACGCUCAUUCUGACAGCUGUCUUGCUGCGCCAGCAACAUUCAAUUCAGACCAUGUCAUCCGCCAUGAUUGCAACACUGAAUCUUCUCAUGACCAGCAUCCGUCCCGGAGAGCGCGAUCCCUGGGAGUCUGUCGUUGCCGGUGUCUUUAGCUCUGCCUUUGUCGCACUAUAUCCUGUCCUUCUCCUACGCUGUUAUCGCCAGCUCGUCUCCGAUCUGGUACCUCAGGGCGAUCUACUGAGUACUUCUGACCGCAGGACAGCAACUGUCAACACGGGCACAAAGGAAGAAACACGUGCAUACUGGAGAGUGCUGCAUUACACGUCUUCGCUCACGAUAGCCAUGCUCGUUCCUUUCGUCCUGUUUUCUGGUGAGCUCAAGCAAAUCCACAGAAACUGCUACUUCCUGGACGUUCCCUGGUUCUGGUUUCUCAUGUCUUGCGCAGCACUUGGUGGGUUUGGUGUCUUCUCCUCAUUCUUGCUGCUCGUCAAAGCGACUUCACCUCUAUCGGCGAACUUUGUCUCACUUCCGAGAAGUGUCUUCCAGAUCGUCGUGUUGAGCAAAUUCAAGAUGCCCGCGCAUAGCUGGGUUGGAGCUGGUCUCUGUAUGCUCAGUUGUGCUUGGUACUGUCUCGCAAGGCUCAGAGAAGGCAGAGGUCGAGGUGGUUAUGGAGCGAUAUAGUCAUGGCAGUCAUAAUCACGUAGUGUUUAAUCAAUAAUUAUCAGUCUCUCUUGUAUAGAAGGAAGAGCCAUCUUUGCGAG